AUGAUAAAGAAGGUAACAAUUGGUCUCUUUCCAAUCAAUUUGAUCGAGAAUUGCUGCGAAAAUUAUCUGAAAUUUUGCUCUUAUUUUUUUUUUUUUGAUACACUUUCUUCUAAGUACACUUUAAUAACUCAUUGCUUUAUUUCAACUCACAGAUUGCAAAAACUAUUUAUUCAUCGCUACUAUUGUUACCUAUACUUGCUAAUGAGAUCUUUGGAUGAAAACAAUUGCUUGUCCUUUUCAUGUGCCAAUGAUUCUCAGCAAACUGUAACCCUUUGUCCUUCAACAACUUCAUCAUGUUCUACUAUCGAUACAUAUGUAGACCCAAUAUUUUCUACAGAAUUGCCAUUUUUCACUAAUGAUGAUAAUUAUGAUCCAAUAUUAAAUUUUAGUAUUGAUGAAUUGCUAAGUAAUAAAUUUCCUACUACUAAAUAUCCAUAUGAUGGAUUUAUUGGAUUUCAUUCUUUGAAAAUUUGUAGUUCUAAUGCUAAACAAAUGUCCAAAUAUUUACAAUUAUCAAUGGAUUUUAAAGAAAUUGCAUAUAAAGGGUUAGAAACAGGAUCUAAAUUAGUUGGGUCUCAUGUUACUCUGAAUGGAUCAAUUAUCUUAGAAAUUGUUAAUACUUUGGAGACAAUUAAUGAUGAUAACGUAUUGAAAUUUCCUUAUUUUCAACAAGAUUUAAAUAAAUUUGAAUUAUCAAACCAAGAUUUUUUCAUGGAAAAUUUUAAAUUAACUACUGAUGAUUUAAUAUUUGAUUUUGUUAAUAAUAAAAUUAAAAAUUUAACAAUAAAUCCUGAUUCAAUAAAUGAUUCUGGUAAAUUUGGUGAGAAAUUUUAUAAAAAUAUUAUUAAUUCAAAACAAUAUAAAGAAUCCUUUGUAAAAUUACAUGAAUUUGUUCUUAAUACUGUAAAUAAUUCAGAAGAAAUUUACGAUGAUAUGAUGGAAUGUACAUUAAUUCAAAAAUUUUUAAAAACUCAUGCUGAAGGAGUAAUGGAUAUUGCAUUUAAUGUCAAUGAUGUUGAUACUAUAUUUGACAGAGCUGUAAAACAUGGAAGUGGAAUAAUUAGAUUACCAAAAAUGAUAUCAGAUAGUAAUGGAUCAGUUAAAUUAGCCACCAUUAGCAUUCCAAAUACAGAUAUUCAACAUACAUUAAUUGAAAAUAUAAAUUAUACUGGCCCAUUUUUACCUAAUUAUUCGGAUUCAAAAUUUGAAUUAUCACAAAAUUUCAAAAUUCAAUUGAGUCAAUUACCACCAAUAAAAUUAUCAGUACUUGAUCAUUGUGUUGAAAAUUAUAGUUGGAAUCAAAUGAUGGAACAAGCUAAAGUUUAUGCUGAAAUAUUUGGUUUUCAUAAAUAUUGGUCAGUUGAUGAAGAAGAUAUAUCUACUGAUUAUACAGCUUUAAGAUCAAUUGUAAUGGCUUCAAGUAAUGGACAAAUUAAAAUGCCAAUAAAUGAACCAGUUAAAACAAAAAUGAAAGGACAAAUUGAAGAAUUUAAUGAUUUUUAUGGAGGUCCAGGAAUUCAACAUAUUGCAUUUAGAACAAAUAAUAUUAUUGAUACUAUAUUAGCAUUAACUCAAAGAGGUAUUGAAUUUAAUCAUACUUCUAAGAAUUAUUAUGAUAAUUUGGAACAAAGAUUACGACAAGAUGGAGUUAAAUUAUAUGAAAAUUUUGAAAUUUUGAAAUCAUUAAAUAUUCUAGUAGAUUAUGAUCCAUUAACAAAGAAUAUUAAAACUGGUAAGUGUAAUUAUAUUUUGCAAAUUUUUACAAAACCUUUACAUGAUCGACCAACUUUGUUUGUGGAGAUUAUUCAAAGACAUCAUCAUAACGGGUUUGGUAAAGGUACCUUUAAAGGAUUGUUUGAAAGUAUAGAAGAACAACAAAAGCUAAGAGGCACUUUUGUUGAAUCAGAAUCAGGAUAA